GUGUUUUCUUGUCGGAUGUAUUUUGAUGCCGCACACGUAGCGCGCGGGUCAGUGGCGGCUCAGUAAUGGCAGCAAGUGGGAAAGAGAACGUUAUGGAUGAGAAAGAUGACCCCGGUGCAGCACCUUACGGCAAUUUUAUAAAUUAUUAUACAUUUAAUCCGCCUGAAAAUCGCAUAAACCUUAUUCCAACCACACUUAUUCAAGAUUUGGGGUAUGGCAAAGACAGCAGUGAAACCAUAUUGAUGCUCGACGUUGGCUGUAAUUCAGGGGACCUGACAGUGGCGUUAUACAGACACCUCCAGCAGAGGGCCCAGUCCGAAGACCCUACAAAGCCACCACACACUGAUCUCCACCUUAUGGGCUUUGACCUGGACCAAUCCCUAAUACUCCGGGCCCAGCAGAACAACCCUUUUCCACAGAAUAUCUCAUUCAUUCCUUUAGACAUCACAGAGGACUCCUCCCUUCAGACCCAACUACAGGUUUACCUCGGCCAACACGGCUGCCCCCGCUUCCACCUCACCAUGUGCCUGGCCGUCACAAUGUGGGUCCACCUGAACCACGGCGACUCUGCCCUGCUGCGCCUCCUCUCCCGACUGGCCUCCCUCAGCCACCACCUCCUGCUGGAAGCCCAGCCCUGGAAGUGCUAUCGAUCGGCAGCCCGGAGGCUGAGGAAGCUGGGAAGGACAGACUUCGACCAUUUCAAGACGUUGGCGAUCCGAGGAGACGUGGCGGAGCAUGCCAGGGAACAUUUGGAGAAGCACUGUGGAAUGGAGCUGAUGCAGUGCUUCGGCAGUACCACAUGGGACCGCAGACUGCUGCUCUUCAGGAGGACGGAGAUAACAGACUAAUCCCAGUAGAUUGUGUCGCACUGGACUUGUAUGUACUGUGAGUGUCUGUUGAUCUGAGUAUGAGAGUCGUCUGUGAGCUGCUGUCUGAAGUAACAGUAUCUGCUGUGUGAAGACUGCACCUAUUGGGCCUUUCCAGCCUUUAUUGUAUGAAUGCUACGAUUGUUUUUGCAGAUCUAAUUAGAUAUUUCUCCUAGUAUUUUCAAGGAAACUUAAGAUAUUUAAGAAAUGAAUUGAAUUCUUUAUACUCUUUGCCUAUGAAUGUAAUUUCAAAUGACAAUUUUUAACAUCAAAUCUUUCAAUGAAGCUCUACGUUCAUAUAAAAUUAUUUCAAAACAGAACUGAUAUGUCCUUUCCCUAUAUGCUGCAUACAGGUGCUGGUCAUAUAAUUAGAAUAUCAU